CUUCACGGCACGUCAUUUCCACAAGGCAAAGAGAUUUUUUUCCUCCUGGCACAACGCAGCCAUCAGAUCAUCCAAUAUGGCCUCUAAUAAGUGCGAUCGUGCGGAAUUGCAGCUUCAACUGGCUGAAGCAAUACAGGCACGACUGGAAGCUAAACAAGAACGACUGAAAGCUCAACGAGCACGACUGCAAGCUCAACGAGCACGACUGAAAGCUCAACGAGCACGACUGAAAGCUAAACAAGCACGACUGAAAGCUAAACAAGAAAGACUGAAAGCUGAACAAAAGUACGCCGAAGAAAAGGAGCGAGUCGACCAAUUAAGGGCGAACAUAGCCCCGACAAAUCUUGAGAUAUAUCUCCAACUUGUCCAACAGUGGCUUGUGUCGAUGCUGUCUAUCGAACCAGACCCUGAUAAAACUUCAACUGGCUCUGUUACAUCAGUGGACGGGAAGUACAAUCCACUAGAGCUUUAUGUAUGGGAUGAUUUUCCACAUAACGAAACCUUUGACAAGUUUAUGAACCUCUUCUCACACAAGCCACUCUUUCCUUCUAAAACCGAUGUUCUCGGUGUCCAGCGCGACAUCUCGCUCAAUCCCUGGAGGAAUGAACAUGACAUUCGACCCUUUAUUCGGAGUGCCAUUGAGAAACCGGCGCACCGUGUUGUGACAGCUUAUCUUGAACAGUCUGGCAAAGCGGAUCGAUUUUUCUUCAUGGACUAUGCUCAGAGCCUGGACAACAGGGCCCCACAGGAGCAAUCUGACAAAUGCAAAGUCUCAUCAUCUCCCCAGAAACAGUCCCAGUCCCCUGAACACAAAAAUACCAAGCCAAUUCCUGAGCGUUGGGGCAUCUAUGAAUUCUUGUCUAGAGAUGUUCGCCAUGUGUGUGUGGGGGAAUAUAGAAUAGCUCGUAAGAUACACACUGAAGAAAUCAAACAAAUCCUAUCCUCUUCGUCUGCAAACCUAUUUCUGGAGGUUCUUCGCCGAAAACAGUCUGGGUUUGUCAACUCUGAUAUAGAGAAAACUCAGGAGAAGGUAGCACAGAUUCUGUGUCAGACAUUCCAUUACAUGAUCACAAGUGGCCUUUUAUAUGGAUAUAUUAUAUUGGGAGAGAAUCUGAUCUUUCUGAAGAUUGAAAAUUCCUCACCUCAGAAGCUGUAUUUCUAUCUCACCCCCCAGGUAGUCACUGAGACUGAGUCCCCCCAUGAAUUUGAGAUUCGAAAUGCUCCAGCUGCCCAGCUGGCAACUUUUGCAACUGUGGCUCUCCAUUCAAAAGAGAUAUCCCGCGAUUGGAUUACCAAGGCUCAAAACUGUGGCAUCUGUCGAUGGCCUCUCCUUCCCCCUAGUCCUCUUAUACAGGGUGCCAUGCUGCAACCUCAAGGGUUUGAUGAAGAUCCAAGUCAGAGUAGUGAAGACGAAGAUGAAGACUCCAGAGACAGCAAUUACAAUCCACCAACUGAGAGACAAGCAAAGACUCAAUCCCAGCAAAACCAACAAAUCAGUCAACGUCGGCAAUCUAGUCGCCAACGAAAUAUGACUCAACGACCGAUUCUACCAUGUUGCACGCAGGCUUGUCUUCUCGGCCUUGUUAAAGCUUUGCCUCUUGACCUAAGUUGCCCCAAUGCUACCCUACAUCAACAGGGCCAGGCAUCCAAGAGGCAUCUUGUUACCAAGGAAGACCUCUGUUCCCUUAUCAAGGGGCAGCUUGCCUGUAGUCUUGAUGAAGACUGUGAAUGCCUAGAUCGAGAGGGUUUAUUUGGGAGAAUCGGUGUGCUCUUCAAAAUCACCUUGACCAAAUAUGGAUAUACCUUUGUGGCCAAAGGUGUGCAAAGUGUGGAUGAGUCUUAUCUUGCUCAUGAAGCUUGUGUCUAUGCUCACUUAUCUCAUCUACAAGGAAUUAAAGUCCCAGUCUUCCUGGGAAACAUUACCCUUGAGCAGCCAUAUCCCCUUGUCAGUCUUGCACUUGUCACAAAGAUGAUGUUGAUGUCUUGGGCUGGGUGUAGUAUAGGGAUGAAUAGCUGGCCAGAAGAUGUUAAUAUUGAGAAGGAAAAGGAGGAGACACUACAUGCAUUGACGUCCUCUGGCAUCAGCCACAACGACAUCAGAACUGCAAAUCUGGUUUGGAACCCUGAGCGAAAACAGGUGAUGGCAAUUGAUUUUGAUCAGGAUACGAUUCACCACAAUAAACGAAAGGCAUUUAUCCACCUUCAGGCGUCGCCAAGGUGGAAAAUGAUUGGGAAUUGA